AUGUCCACGAUUUUUGAUAAGGCACCUGAAUCGGCUACAGAUACAUCCGCGGAAGAAUAUUCACAGGACGCCACACCUGCACCUGUGCCCGCGCCCACCACCCCGCCUCGACAAUCGGCUGAUUUAUCGUCUGCGGGGCCGAACAAACCAGAGUCGACGCCACGCAGUGCAAAGCCUUCGAGCCAGAGCACACACGCGUUUGUAGAGAAGCGAGAUCGAAGGAAACGUCUCGGGGAUCUAGCGAAAGAGAUGGUGCCACAACUUGCUGAAGUACCGGUUGAGGAAUUUAUGGAGAAGCUGGUACCAGGAUCUGACCCCAACGAGGAUGUGCGUAAGACAUUCAAGCAAUUUAUAGGCAACAGCUAUGAUGGCAAGGAGGACGGGAUGUAUCGGAACUUUUGCGAGGUCGUCACAUCAUUUCUUGAUUCUUGCGGGAAGGACGAGGACAGGCUGGUUGUCAAGGCGACCGCUCAGUGGCCUGACACAUCUGCAGGUGACAGCAGCAUGGACAAGGACACCAAUAGACAGAGGCCGGAUCUGAUGGUCUAUCCUACGACAGAGGCGGCGAAGAAGGCGUACACUCUCUCGGCGAAAGAUAUUAAUAAUAGCAGGAGGAAGGAUCGAGCGCACGACGCGCGGACGUCGUGGGCGUGGUCGCUGCUUCCGAUCGAGCUCAAGUCAGACGAGCACAGAGAGCGGCCAUUCCAGUUCUCUGCGAAAGGAUUUCAUCGGUCGACAAACAGCAGUGAUGCUGCCGUCGGUCUCGGCCAGUUAUCGGAAUACGCUUGGAACAUAAUGCGCUGGCAACACCGACAAUUCUGUUUCAUGUUGGUCGUGUGUGGUCGUUUUGCUCGAAUAAUCCGAUGGGACAGAGCUGGAGGCCUGGUAUCAAGUAGUGUCAACUUUGUCGACGACCCUACGAUCCUGCAGAACUUCUUAUAUCGAUUCGGACACAUGAGCAGGGAGGAGCGGGGAUAUGACCCGACUGUCACGCUUGCGCGACAGGAGUACAUAGACGAGAUGUACAGCUGUCAGAAGGAGCUCUCUACGUACCAGCAGCAGCGUUUCGCCAAGGCAUUCCCGAAGGAGACGGAGAGAGGGCAGUGGCCAAUCUACGAGGUCUGCAUGCGGAAGGAAGACGUCGUCACUCCUAGCACCAUCAACUGCGAUGAGGUGAAGAAGUCGGCGUCGCGCCUAGGAGACGAUUCUGCCUCUGGAGGACCAUGCGAAGGACAGGAAGACGAGAGGGCGAAGUAUCUGCGGUUCCUAAUUGGGAAAGCGACCUUCAUCAGCAGUUCGCCGACAGGACGAGCGACGAAGGGAUUCGUUGCUUUCGACAUGCACCUAAGACGACUUGUAUUCUUGAAGGACGUGUGGCGAGUGACUAGUGUUCCUACUGAAUUGGAGGUCUACGAGAGACUGUGGAAGCAUACAGUAUGCAACAUCCUGACGCCAAUCUGCGGAGGAGAUGUGGGAGGGUCACAGUCGUCUGGAUCGCCAUCGCCGCAGACGACAAGAACGCAGGAAUUUGUGAAGAAGCAAUCUGUGCGGGUGCACUUUCGAUUGAUUGUAUAUCAAGUCUGCAAGCCUCUGACGGAAUAUAGCCACUCGAGAGAGCUUAUAUGCAUACUUCUUGAUGCGAUAGAAUGCCAUCAAGAUGCUUGGCUGAAGGCUAUGAUUCUCCACCGGGAUGUGAGCGUUGGGAAUGUUUUGAUUGACGUUGACACCAAGAUCAACGAUAACACUAUCAUACGUGGGAUCUUGAGCGACUGGGACAUGUGCAAGUACAAAGAAGACUUAGAUAAGGGAGCUGCGCAGCGACAGCGUUCGGGUACAUGGCAAUUCAUGUCCGCUCUGCUAUUGAAAGACCCCAUAAAACGCCACGAGGUGUCUGACGACAUCGAGUCGUUCGUGCAUCUCACGAAUUGGCUUAUCGUUAGAUUUCAUCCACACAACUUGAGCGGACAGUCGCAUCGCCAGCUGCUGCUUGAUUACGUGACAUUAACGUAUGAUAAACACAUUUCCAAGGACGGCGCCGACGUCGGUGGAGACCAAAAGCUGAUUCAUAUGCGAAAUGGGGAGGUUGGGUUCUAUCCAAAAGCUCAAGUAUUGGAGGAUCUCACUCAAUUACUGGCCGAGAUGUGCAAAGACCAUUAUGCCACCCUCACCUUAUAUACCCAGCGACUCGAAGGUAGGGAGGACUCGAAGACACCGACGCUGAUCGUUGGAGAGCCAGACGGUCCCUAUCGGCGUUCGCGUCCUACCACUAACCCUAUGAUCAAUUAUCCUCGCGAACCCAAAGAACAGCCGGCGGGGAAACCAACAUUGUCCACCCAUAAAGCAAUUAUAGAUAUCUUCACACUUAUGACUCAUUAUGCACCUUCUGGAGACAAAUGCUCUGACCAAUUCAAGAUGCUUUGGGUUAUAUCAACGUCUGGAGGACAGAAGCGUAGCCUGGAGAGCUCGGAACCACUGACAUCGCACCAGGCGAAGAAGGCUAAGGGAGAUUCGCGAGAGGAGUCGUCUGGAGUGCGUGGAAGUAGUACCUCUCGCACGGGUUCGUUACCUGUGGUUGACGAGGGUGCGGAAGAGGCUGGCUGA